AUGAUUCAUGCUGCCGACAUUGGAAUUGGAAUAUCUGGACAGGAAGGCCUGCAGGCUGUCAUGUCCAGUGACUUUGCCAUCUCCCGCUUCAGACACCUCAAGAAGCUGCUGCUUGUGCACGGCCACUGGUGUUACUCACGCCUAGCCAGGAUGGUGGUGUACUACUUCUACAAGAAUGUGUGUUAUGUCAACCUGCUCUUCUGGUACCAGUUUUUCUGUGGUUUCUCUGGCUCCACCAUGAUCGAUUAUUGGCAGAUGAUAUUCUUUAAUCUCUUCUUCACCUCCUUGCCUCCUCUCAUCUUUGGAGUCCUCGAUAAAGACAUCUCUGCAGAAACACUCCUGGCAUUGCCAGAGCUGUACAAGAGUGGCCAAAACUCUGAGUGCUAUAACUCUAUGACUUUCUGGAUUUGCAUAGUGGAUGCAUUCUAUCAGAGCCUUGUCUGUUUCUUCAUUCCUUACCUGACCUACAAAGACUCUGAUAUUGAUGUCUUUACCUUUGGGACACCCAUCAACACCAUCUCCCUUGCCACAAUUCUCUUGCACCAGGCAAUGGAAAUGAAGACCUGGACCAUUAUCCACGGACUUGUUCUGGCAGGCAGCUUCCUGAUGUACUUUGUGGUGUCCCUUGUUUACAAUGCCAUCUGCAUCAACUGCAACAGUCCCACCAAUCCCUAUUGGGUGAUGGAAGGCCAGCUCUCAGACCCCACUUUCUACCUCAUCUGCUUCGUCACACCAGUCACAGCUCUUCUGCCAAGGUACUUUUUCCUAUCUCUACAAGGGACUUAUGGGAAGUCUCUGAUCUUAAAAGCUCAGAAAAUCGACAAACUCCCCAUGGACAAAAGAGAUCUAGAAAUCCAGAGUUGGAGAAACAGACAGAGGCCUGCCCCCAUUCCUGAAGAGGCUCAGCAUACCCACCAUCCAGUGCCACCUGUCCCAGAACAGGACUUCAGAGCCAACAGCCCAAAGAGCUCUAGCCCUUCCAAGUACAAGUGAAAGAAGGACUGGGUGCUGCAUGGAGAGAAAUGCAGUAGAGACCAUCUGAGGGAUGACCCAUGCCCAGAGGACUCCUCAGCUAAACUCUAAUCCAGGGAAUACCUUCUUCUGGGUCUAGUAGGACAAUGGCUUCUGGAACCUACUCAAGUGGACAGAUUGCUGAGUACUGGCCCUCAAGCAGGAGCAGUCAUCGCUGAUCCCAGAGUUCACUGACCAUAUGAAUAGCCUGCAGAAAUCUGUAUAAACUCAAAGGAAACCACCCAAUCAAUGGUCUAAUUCACCCAUGACUCUUCCUUUUCAUGGAGGAAAGGAUGUGUCAUUCUUGUUCUUUUCUCCUGACCAGGUUUGACUUCCUUGAAGAAAGUGCUGGCCCCAAGGGCUUUGACAUAAAAAGACUGGAAACCAGUCACCCUCUACCUUUCUCCUGCUGCCAGGUAGCAGAUCAUGCAAACAGAAUUUUUACAAGGAAGCUAUGUUUCUCAUGCAUUGAGUUUUAAUUUUUUUUAGCCCAGAGACAUUCUUGUGGCCCUUUAGAUAAGUAUAGCCAGUGGCCAAUGCAACUAGACCAUACUUUGCCAAUAUUCUAAGAGAUAUAUCUACCCAGGCAAUUUCUCAAGGUAUGGAAGUUUCUGGGCUUGUCAAGCCCAGACACAUCACCUUGUUGUGCCAAGAAUUAAAGUUUCAAAAGAAACCCAUACACACAGGUACUUUAUCUUGAGUAUAUGAAUUCUUGAGUAUAUGAAUUCUUUCAUUCAUCAAGAAUUGGGUUAUUUUUGUCUCUAACCCAAAGAAAACCAUAUCUAAAGAUUAAAACUAGAUUUUAACUCAGUGUCACAGAGACUUUUGAGAAUUAUAGGUCCACAGCUAGUGUAAGAGGCAGAAGGAACAUGCUAAAGCAAAUGGGUGCACUGGAAACCCCAAGCUUUAGCUAAUAGACCAUAUGUCCACAAUCUGUACCAAGAGGAUAGGAGCAGUAUUCUUUUUUAAAGCUAUUUAUUCAUUUUUAAAAUACAAGUACACAUCCUCAUUCAGCUCUAAGAUUGGUAGACUUUAAUACAUCUGCACCCGGAAUAGUAUGUAUGACAGCAACACUGAGCCCAAACAAUUACACCUUAAAGACCUGGAAGACACCGACCCAUGCUUCAGUUAUUUUAGGGAGAAUCAGAGUAAGUCUCACUGUAGAGGUAAAAGGAUUACACAACUUCUUAUCCAUAGAGUUAUAAGUGCCAAAAUGUAAAAGAACUCAAAAAAGUAUUGAAAUUUUAAAAAUAGCUGAUAGAAUUCUAAGAGGCUAUCAAGAGAAUUAAGGUAUACUAUGGGCAAGUAUAGCCUGUCCGUAGUUGUUAAGAUAAGCCAGAGAAGGCUACUGAACCCUCUCCUCUUUAGGAUAGUACCUAUAUAUUCAGCAAAAUCCCUGUAUAUUAGGGAUGGAUGCAAUGUUGUGAUAAGUCUUUGAGCCUAAGAGUCAUAGCACCCCGCACACACAAGUUGACUUAACACUUGAGUAACUUUUCAGCAAAGAUGAACAAAAAGAUCUCAACAAUCAAGUUGGCAAAUGGCAAACUGAGCUCAUCCACUGACCAUUCUGCUAACAAACCUAACUGAUGGGACCAUUUGAAGCAUUAUCCUGGAGUCAGUAUGCUGUAUCUGUUUUACUGACUGUGCCACAUGAUGUUACUAAUAAUGGCCAACAGGAGAAUCCUACAUGGAGAUUGUUAGAGAGGCAAAGCAGUAAUGAUAUGAAUUGCUCCAAAUGAGAAGAUUGAGCCAAAACUUGGAUCUCAAGGUCCUCCCUUUCCCCCAUUUGAUUCCUGCCCACUCCUGCAAGCCAUAUUGAGACAGGUGGGAUGUUUCAGAGAGGAAGAGAAUAGUGGAAAGAACACUGGCUUCAGUAAAUCUGGAUUGAGUCAUUGCUACUGUACUCUCUAGGAGCCAGGAGCCUUGAAACAAGAUGCCACACCUGCAAAUUAGGUUAGAACUGCCCUACCUCCUGGACUUGGCCUAAGGAUCAAGUCAAAAUUACAUAAGGGACGUGAAAACCCUUUGAAAGUUGUAACAUCCUCAACAAUAACACAGGAAUUUUUAUUUCAGAGCUAAGAGGAAACAAGGUAAUAGGAAAGUCAUGCAGAUGUCAGACCACUGUACCUAAAUGCCAAGCCAUACCCAACAUUGUGAUGUCGCACUCUUUCUUGCAUGACCAACCAUCCCAGUUUGCCUGGGGUUUUCCAAGUUUUAUACUGAAAAUUUCCUCAGUCCUGGGCCACCUGAGAUAGCUUAUUACCUACUCUUGCCCCCCUUUGAAACCAAAGCAACUGUGACCACCCAACAUGCCAUUUAGGGGAAAAGGUUAUAAUUUUUCCUAUAACAUUAUGCUAAUGACUGUACUUAGUAAUUUUUAUACUUUUACU